AUGGACUCGGAAUUCUUGAAGGCGUCGUUGUUGGACGUGCUUAUUCCCGCGGACACAGUGACCGAGUCUUCUGCCCUGUUGGAACGGUCUGUAGGCGUGUCAAAAGAUUUUGGAAGGCUUCUUGCUAUCGAAGAACGAGACAUUCUGUUCAUCGAUGAACGAUUGAAAACGUUCGUGGUUCUUCGUGUACCCGCCUGCGCUGAAGCCACCUUGAAGUCAUAUCUGUCGCGGCUCUCAUGCAGGCUGGAUGUUUGGGCCAUCGACGACUCAUCGGGCAGGGGCCCAGAUGUGCAAACUCCGGUGCCAAAAGAACUCGUGUUCUCAAUCGACGGCAUACAGAAGAAUGAACCUAUGGUCCUUGCAACUCAGUCGGACGAAAAUGCCGAAUCAUUGACCAUGGUCUGGGAGGUUGAGGUGAUCAUCAACCGACCCAAACUUCGCGGUGCUCAGACAAGCGUUGUCUUCAUUCCAUCCGCCGCCGUUGCCGCUGUACACGAAGCCCAGGACGUCCAGAAUGCAGAUAUGCUCCCUUUUCAGCCGCUCGAUUCCAACGUCCUUGAACCUAUGCGUCUUAUUCCCAAUCUUGAACGCGCCCCCCCUUAUCUUCCGGCUUCUCGGUUGGAGCGUGUGAUGCCUAUAGCGCCAUCGACCAAACCACGAUUUCACAUUCCUCAGGUUCCCUCACGGCGACAUCGGAUUGUCCCUGCGGUGAUUGCACGAAUUCACUACAGCAAGUCAAGCAGCUUGUCGACCUCGGUUAUCAACCUGGCCUUGUUGGACAUUGAGAUCAUCCCCUUUAUCGCCGUGGAGGCUACUAUUGAACAUGUCGAGCUCAGCUUACGGCAUGGACGUGUUGAGUCUUUGACGUCAAGCUUGCUACCGAUGACGUGCCGGUCCGGAGACUGUAUUACUUUCAUAUACAGGCUCUAUCACGAUGCGGAUGCCAGUAUGUCGGUUGGAGGCGGCGUGGCCAGUACCAAUAUUGACGACCUUUCCGUCGAGAUGCGGGUGGAUAUCAAUCUCAGCUCACAUUGCAAAUCAGUGGUGAUCAUGGAUUGGACUACGCAUGUCGAUUUCACGCAGGCACUCAAUCCGGCAUUUGGACCCCCAUCGCAACCCAUUCAGAGAGCCAACCGUCCCCCGGGCCUUCCAGUCAAUGGCCGGAAGUUGUCGUCGGCGAUGAUGCCUAGCACCGCCGCUCUCCCAUCUCGAAUCCAUGAUAUAGGUGUGAGAAAUGGUCUAUCAAUUGCGUUUACGGCGGCCGAUGGCCCUGUCCAGGUUGGGCAUGCAUUCAGCUGGAAGAUCCUUGUGAUGAACAACUCGCCAGAGACCGCUAAAAUUGCAAUCAUUCCGUUGCCACGGAUCCAUCGACAAGCCAGCCCAGCACAAUUCUUUGCCAGAAGACACGCGCCAAAAUCAUCAACUGCCUCCUUUCAUCCCAGCGAGCGUCGACACACCAAACUCGGCGAAGAUGAGGACAUCGCGCAGGCCAUUGUGGACGAAAAUGUGGUGUAUGCAAUGCAUCAUUCGAGCGUCAUUCCCCCAGAAACGGAUUUGAUGGCGCUCACGGUUGAGCUUAGGAUCGGACCGUUGGGGCCAGGUCAAUGUCACGAAAGUGAGAUUGUAAUGGUUGCGUUUCAGGCUGGAAGGCUGAGGGUAGACGCAAUCAGGGUCGUGGACCUGCUCCAAGAAGUCGAACAAGAAACACUUCCUUCGAGUGUCGUCGAUAUUCGAGACUUGCCUGAUGUCGUGGUGGAGUUGCCAAAUCCUUGA